UGGUGGGAAAUUGAAAGAAUAAGAAUUCUCUUUCCAGCCGUCGUUGAUAUGGAAUCUAUGAUCAUAUCCUCUUCAUCUCUUUCUUCGAUCACUCCAAUAUCUUCUCUACCCACUUCCCGUUGUUUCAGCAAGUUCCAUUUCACUCAACCCAUCACCCGGAAUUCAAUGAGUCGACGGUUGUUAGUUUCUUGCAAUGCCGCCCAAUCGCCGGAGAAAUUGAAAGAAACCAAACUAUGGGGAGGUAGGUUCGAAGAAAGCGUCACUGAUGUGGUCGAGAGGUUCACUGAAUCAAUCUCAUUCGAUAAGCAGCUUUACAAGCAGGAUAUCCAGGGAAGUCGAGCUCAUGCAUCCAUGCUAGCGAAACAGGGAUUAAUGACUGAGAGUGAUAAGGAUAGUAUUCUUCAAGGGCUUAUUCAGAUUGAGAAACAAAUUGAAGAUGGGGAAUUUGUUUGGAGGACUGAUAGAGAGGAUGUUCAUAUGAAUAUUGAAGCUACACUUACUGAUUUGAUUGGUGAGCCUGCAAAGAAGUUGCAUACUGCUCGGAGUCGAAAUGAUCAAGUUUGUACUGAUUUUCGGCUGUGGUGUCGAGAUGCUAUUGAUGCAAUUUGUUAUCGUAUUAACCUUCUUCAGGUUGAAUUAGUGAAGUUGGCUGCUGCAAACAGUGAUAUUAUAGUUCCUGGUUAUACCCAUUUGCAAAGGGCACAGCCUGUUUUACUACCUCAUCUUCUUUUAUCAUAUGUUGAACAGCUUGAUCGUGAUUAUGGGCGCUUAAAAGACUGCAGAUCAAGGCUGAACUAUUGCCCUCUUGGUGCAUGUGCAUUGGCAGGAACUGGUCUGCCUAUUGACAGGUUCAUGACAGCUGAACUCUUGGGUUUCGCAGCCCCAAUGAGUAACAGCAUUGAUGCAGUUUCAGAUCGGGAUUUUGUUCUAGAGUUUCUAUCUGCUAAUUCCAUACUGGCCAUCCAUCUCUCCCGACUUGGAGAAGAAUGGGUUUUGUGGGCUUCAGAGGAGUUUGGGUUUCUCACUCCAAGUGAUUCCGUUUCAACUGGAAGUAGUAUAAUGCCUCAGAAGAAAAAUCCAGAUCCAAUGGAACUUGUUCGUGGAAAGUCUGCUAGGGUCGUCGGGGACUUGGUUACUCUUCUUGUCUUGUGCAAAGGGCUCCCACAAGCCUACAAUCGUGAUUUACAGGAGGACAAAGAACCUUCAUUUGACAGUGUCAAAACAAUAUUGGCAAUGCUAGAAGUAACGGAAGAGUUUACUCGCAACAUCACGUUUAAUCAGGAAAGAAUUAAGAAGUCCUUACCAGCUGGCCAUCUUGAUGCCACAACCCUUGCAGAUUACCUUGUGAAGAAGGGAAUCCCUUUUAGAACUUCUCACGAUAUAGUAGGAAGGGCGGUUGCAUUUAGCCUUACGAAAAGCUGCCAACUUCAAGAUCUCACUCUUGAUGAGUUGAGAAGCAUCGAUGGAGUAUUCGACGAAGAUGUUUAUGAAUAUCUAGGCGUAGAGAAUUCAAUUAAAAAUUUCAGCUCAUUUGGCUCAACCGGAGCAGAAUGUGUUGCUAGUCAACUUCGAAACUGGAUGUUGAAACUUGAGAUCAACAACCAAUAACUGAAUAAUGCUUUUGAAGGAAUAUAUGUUGUUAAGUCACUGGUGUGUGAUAUGAAACCAUUAUUUAUUAAGUUGUAUGAUUUUCCAAA